AUUCUUUCCUGGUUACAGAUAGGUUUGAGAAGGACACUCACAGACUGGAGGGGUGGAGUGACUAGACAGACAUGCAAAGCGCGUAGGUAGGUGCCUGCAGCCAACCUGAGUGUGAGAGCUGAGUCUGCGAGUGUACCUUGGGAGCGUCUGUGCUCUUCCCCGGGACAGGGAAGGUUCUCACCACUACUGUUUGAAGAGAAGCCCCAAGGACUGGCUGCUCACUGAGCCCUGUCCCUUUGUCCUCAGGAUGACCCUGUUUGUGUGACAGCACCUCACCCUGGAUAGUUGCGAUCCUGCCCGGCCCGGCCCCGUGUUGUCUGAGAGAGAAGCUGGGAGGCAUUUAAGGAGGAGGUAAACAUGGAUGGGCAGACUCAGGGUGCGGGUGGGGGAAACCUGCAGUUCCCUUGGUGUGCCCCUGGAGAAUGGUUGAAGCCCAGUGGUGACUUCUUGGCCUGGAGACCUGACACAGGGAGUAAAAAAUGCCUCCCAAAGACAGCUAGCUGCCUCUAAACUGGCCACUAGUUGCACUUAGACAGACCAGAGGGAGAUAAAAAUCAGUGUGGCAUCAACACCCAAGGAAGGGGCAGAGUUUGUUCCUUCUGCAGGUAUUAGUUAGAGUCUGUGUCUCAGUCUUUACUGUGCUCACCUCACGGUUGGGUGAAGAAGCCUCAGCUGGGUUUUACACGGUGUGUGGCUGGGGCUGCUCUCUGGCCCGCCAGCACAUCUGGAUCACCCUGUGUAUCUCUGCCCCCAGCCUGUGAGCAAUAUGCGUUGUAGUACACUUCUUGCACCCACCCUCUCGUCAAACUGUCCCCUUGCCUGCCUGUCUUACCACAGGGAGGGAAGCCAUUGUUCCCCAACUGGAGAAAAUGUGAAAAGAGGGUUUGUGUGCAAGUUCUUGAUAGAAGGCCUUUGGUCCCCGGGCCAAGGUGUGUGUUGAGACGGGGAUCUCCGGAUUCCACCUCCCAAACGUCUCUGCGUGUCCCUGGGGAGGAUGGUGUGCCCUUUUCACCAGAAAGGUAGAGGCAGGCGGCAAUACUGCUAACGUCUAACCAGGAUGCAGGAAACAUAAGGACGAUUAUGUACCCAGGAGCGAUAGGCAUACACAGAGGGAAUACUCACCGGGGAGAGCGUGGACUGAUAGGAGCACAGACACAUUUCUUUAGGACUGGGUUCCAGAGGCUGGACGCACACCCUGGUUUGUGGGCUUGAACACAUGGCUGGUAUUCCCAGGCACGUUUUCUAACUGAAGAAGUAUAUGGGGCUGAGAAUGCCCGGCUUGGGAGAAGCAGAAGCACGCCCAAGGCCUUCGCAGGGUAGUAGAAAGCGUGGACUCUAUAGGUGUGACUCGGGCGACCGUGGUUUCUAAGGGCACCCUGUGAGCCAUGGUGCCUGGAUGGUGGAGAGGCACGGUUGGACGGGGUUCGUUUUGCCUAGCUGGAAAGAAUGUGCGAGGAAGGGCCAGCAGAAGGCAGCCUAAAAGUAACUGAGGUGUUCGUGGAUGCCUCCGUAUCCUCAGGACUCCAGGGGGGCUGGAUCAGAGGAAACCAACCCUGGGAGAUGACACAGCCUCCCAGGAAGAAGGGUCACUGUCCGUGACCCCUAAGUUGAGCUCCGUACCUCCACAGUACACGUUUACCAUUGCGCCAUGCAGAAGGUGUGCCCUGAGACAUUCCUAGACUGCUUUAUGUAGAAAGCCACUUUAGGCUUCGUGAACUCUGGUUUGAAGUCGGUAACACUUGGGAGGGAAUGCAACAGAAGGGACACUGCCCAUUUGUGGAGUGAAUUGGGAACGAGAGUGUACCACCAGGUGUUCAUGGAUACAGAGGUUGGACUGUUCAUGGAUACAGGGAAGGACUGAGGGGAUCACAAGGAUAUAAUUUGUCCUCCCCGCCCCCAUAUUUCUGUAUGGUUGGAAAUUCCUACAGAUAAGGUCUGGAGUCCCAUGAUAAGCUCCGUUGGCCCAUGCUCACAGAAGGAACAAGGAGUAACAGGAUUGCACAAGAAGAGCAGCGUCCUUAGGAAGCUGUUUCAGGAGUCCAGAGUCCACAGUGCUCAGCCUUACUGUGUCUGCUGGUACCCAGGUAAUAACCUGGAUCACUUGCAUCCUGGCCUAAACAGUGAGCAGUGGUGGCAUGUGAGCUCACCCUGGUCCUUCCUCUGUGUUGUAGUCCAUAUCUAUCAGCAAGCACAGUGGGCCUCUUUUGAGGAGCAGACAGAUGUUGAAUUUGUUCCACACAGGCAUGUAUGACAUGCAUACUGCUGAUAGGAAACACAGUACUGGCUCAAGGCAGAAGUAGUCAGUAACACAGUGGCCAACACCCCCACCACACCACACACACACACACCCCCACACACACACAGCCCACACAACACAUGCACUCCAGGAUACAAACACACAUGUGGAAACGGGCCAGGGAAAAAAACCGUGAUGAGAUUCCACUGAGAUGACCGGGGAGAUGGAAUUCUGUUGAGAGGCAGAGUAUGGGGGAGCACGUCCAGAAAGAGCCAUGCUGCAGAUGAGAGUGGACACCGUUGUACUUAGGGGUGGGCAAGGUACCAUCCAGGCCAUCAAGUAGCUGUUUUAACUUCCAUUGUGUUUAAGACUUUGUGGAUUAAGGUCAGGCCGCAGAGUUUGUGUGCAAGAGAGUUCUGUGGUCUGGGAUCUCUUGUUCCAACAGUGCCCGUCACAGGAAGAUAGGGAUGUGCAGGGUCUCCUGCAGACUUGAGGUUGCAGCAUGGGGGUGCACAAAUCCAACAGAGGUACCUGCUUACCCUGUUGCUCUCCACCUGACACUGCUGAGUCUGCCGAUUAGCAAGCAUUUCUCCACAAUGAAGCGCUUUCUCUUUGGGGCUCGCCCCAAGUGUGCCCUGUGAACACUCGAUGCCACAGUGAGGCCCAGGCUGGAGUUGGGAACGAGAGAUCUGAACCAAAAGUCUGGUGGCACAGGGUUUGGUGGGGGGCACUGAGACAGAAGGGGACCAGCAGCUAUGACAGAAGCCAUCCUUAUUUGCAAAUCACCACGAGCAUUUCCCCAGCCCCAUUGCUCUUCAGCCUGGUAACACACUGGCCUGGAAGGUGAGUGCAAUAGGUGUUCACAGGCUUCCUGGGGUUGACAGUGCAGGACUACCUCCCUAGGAAAGGAAAUAAUGAGGCUGGCUCCCUCACCCCCAGGGAAUCCCAGGACACUGACUGGGUGGGCAGGAAAGCAGCAAGCCUUGUAAAGACACCCACCUUUCUGAGAGGAUGUUCACAACCCCAGCCUCAGAUGGAGGAUCAAAAUCGUUGUGACUGUCUCCCACAUAUGCUCUGGAACCUUCCAUGCCUUCUCCCACACCCUCCCUUCUGUAGAACAGACUUUGUGAGCUCCCUUGAUUUCUCUAGCCUUGCCUCACUGAGGUGCUGCUUCCUUGUCCGCUAAUAGGUGAUGAUCUCCUUCCUAAUGCAGCUCUGCUUCCCUUUGCCACCUUACAGGACACGCCCACACCAUCCUGAGCAACUGAGGAGUCAGUUCAAACUUCUCAUCCAGAUUCUGGAGGGAGGACAGCACCACAGGGCAGGAGAGCAGAGCCAGAGAGGACCGGCAGGCAGUCAAGGUGCCCAGAACAACCAAAGGAGUCACCCUGUCCUGAUCAGCACAGCCCCAGGGUCCAGUCGCCAUGGACUCUGCAGAGUAUGUGCUCUGUGGCUGGAAGGGUCAGCUGUGGCCCGCAAGGGUGUUGUCCAGACCCAGGACCCCAGCCCAUAGUAAGAGGAGAGGGACGCCUUUCCUGGAGGUCCAAAUCCUGCCUGUGGGUGAGAAGAUGAGAGUGAGGAGCACCGAGGUGAGGCCUCUAACCAAGUCUGAAAUCAUAAGCAUUGCCUCCUUGUCAAGAAAGGAGCCACGGGGCUCACCAGGGCAGAGCAGGGCAUACAGAAGAGCCCUCAAGGUGGCACUAGAUGUUCUGGGCGAGGGAACCUGCUUGUUUCAAGGAGGAAGACCAGGCGGCCGAAGAACCAGCACAGUGGCUCCAAAGAUUCCAAAAGAGCAGGCCAGCUCCAGCUCCAGCCUAGGCCAGCGCCUGUGCCUGCGCCUCCAAGGGCGCAACCAGAAAGGCCAAGGCCCCUCCCAGAGGAGUCCUGGGAAGCGUGGCCGCCCUGGCCCUGUGUUGAUGGACUCACAGAGUGUACCUGCAGUGCAAGGGGGGGAAGCCCAGGCCCACACUGCUGUAGGGCCCCCUCGCCUUGUAAUGCAAGGGAGAGUGUUAAGAGGCACCAGAGUGUGGCCAAGUAACUCGGAGGCACCUUUGGGAAAUGCUGGUGGUGAUCCAAGGAAGAGAAAGCCAGUAACAUCCAAGCCCAGGUCUUUGAGUGCCCCGGCCUCCAGGGAGGGUACCCGGGCUAAAAACCACCAGCACCACCAACACCACCAACACCAGCAGCAGCAGCAGCAGCAGCAGCAGCAGCAGCAGCAGCAGCAGCAGCAGCAGCAGCAGCAGCAGGCUGCCUCUGGGCCACCGAGGCGCAUCUCUGUCUCACCCAAAGCUCUCAAACAACGAGUUCGGUGUCCUGGCCUAGAGAUCCGGGCAAUAGGAGCCCAAAGGAAGACCGCCCUCCCAGAGAACAAGGACCAUCCUGCCCCGGGAACCCCAAAGCCUGACUCAAAGGGGGCAUCGGCAGCCUGCAUGCCUCCAAUCCCAACGCUGCGGAGGUCACUCCGCAUAGCUAGCCGAAAAAGGAAGGUCCGUGUGCUGUGCACACAGUGCGGGCUCCCAAAACUGGGACCCCAAGUGCACUCAAAGGUGACUAACACCAGGUUCAAGAGGAGAAGGGCCGGAGUUCCUAAAGAUGCUCAAGCCACCAACGUGGCUUCUGCCCAGGGGCCCAGUACCAUCGAGCGGGGAACGCUGGUCUGGUUCAAAUUUCAGGACCUUCCCUUCUGGCCAGCGGUGGUCAAGAGUGUCAGCACCAUUGACAAGAUGGCAAGGGUGCUGUUGAUCGAGGGCAACAUGCAGUUUGAGCGCAGGGGUAUCCGCGUCCCUCUCCGCAAGUUGAAGCAUCUGGACUGUGGGGAGAAAAUAUCACUCUUGAGGAGAGCCAGAAGGCUGUACGCCCAUGGCAUCAACUGGUGCUUCUCAGUGAUCGACCACUACAGAGAGGAGCUCGCCUGUGGCUCCUUCCUGGGCUCCUUUAUUGACUACUUCACCACCCAAGCCAGUUACCCACUGAGGAGAGCCAUCCAGGAGGGUGACCUGCACAUCGAUUUCCCCAAGGUGAGCUAUGCCGACCUGGAAGAUUGGGAGGAGGAGACCACCCCAGGUGGGAAGGGGCCCCACAAGAAAUUCCUGCCUGACCGCAUGAAGGCCGCUUGGGACAGAGCUAACCAGAAGCUCGUGGACUUCAUCGUGAAGAGAAAGGGGGCCGACCAGCACCUGAUGGACAUUGUGAAGGGCAGAAAACCGUCCAAGUGGCUGGACGCUCUCUGGAAAUCAAAGAGGGAAGUCCUCUGUAUUGAGACCUACCUGGAGGACGAGGACCAGCUGCAUCUCGUGGCCAGACAUUUGCAAGAAGUAGCCAAGGAAGCAGACAAGGCCCUGCUCUCGCUGGCAAGAGGAGACAUAGUGAGGUUUACGAUGGAGGUUCUUCUUCCAGAAGCAAUCAUCUGCUCGAUCGCCAACCUGGAUGAGCUCAGCUACAAGGAGGCAGAGGAGAAGUACCUGCGUGGCCCACCCGUGCAUUACCGUGAGAAAGAGCUAUUUGACAAGAACAUCUUAAAGGCGGCCAGGAAGAGAUCUGCAGCCAGGAUUCAGGCUGCCAGGCACCCUCCUGUGCACACUCCUUAGAAGGGAGCUUCCUCCUUUCAGCCUUCACCCCUGAGGCUCCCAAGACAGGAGACAGGAAGCACCUCCAAACAGGAACAUCUGGGAGACCCUGUGGUGUGCUAUGGCCACUGUCAAAGCUCCUCACAAAGUGUUUCUUUCCCCCUCAAAAUAAAUAUCCAUGUUCA